GACAGGGACGAAGGAAGGGUCUAAGAUCGGCUCAAUUCCUGUUCGCGUUGGUUAUGACGGCCAAGUCGGGGGGUCCGGAAGCCAAGGGUCCGAGUAAUUAGCCCCGUGUUAUCUCGGGGCCCGGAAUCGGCGGAAUUCGAUACAGCAGCACCGUAUCGAUGGAAAUUUGGCGAGCCUGUUCGUUCGCCGAAGAUGAUGCGAUAGUGCGUUACAGUUUGCCGGUGGUGAGGUAUUACUCCUUCCCUUAUUCAACCGCGAGUGAGGUGUGAAGUUCCGGUGCGGGAUUUCGCAACAUGUCGUCGUCAAUCACCUCCCCGAACAACACCGAUCGCUGCACCUGGCAUCAGGGGUUCUCGCCGAGGAGAUCCUGGAUCACCAUCCCCUGCCUUACACUCUUCAUUUUUUUCGCCAUCAUGCCGCAAGAGGGGCAGGGUGGCUACCACGAGAAACGGCUGCUGAACCACCUCCUGGCGAACUACAACACCCUGGAACGUCCCGUGGCGAACGAGAGCGAGCCGUUGGAGGUGAAGUUCGGGCUGACGCUUCAGCAGAUCAUCGACGUGGACGAAAAGAACCAAAUUCUGACUACGAACGCGUGGUUGAACCUGGAGUGGACCGACUACAAUCUUCAGUGGAACGAAUCGGAAUACGGGGGAGUAAGGGAUCUGAGAAUAACACCGAACAAGCUAUGGAAACCGGACGUCCUGAUGUACAACAGCGCGGUUGAGGGUUUCGACGGGACAUACCACACAAACGUGGUGGUCAAGCAUAACGGCAGUUGCCUGUACGUUCCUCCGGGCAUCUUCAAGAGCACAUGCAAGAUAGACAUCACUUGGUUCCCCUUUGACGACCAACACUGUGACAUGAAGUUCGGAUCCUGGACCUACGACGGGAACCAGCUCGAUCUGGUGUUGAACUCGGAAGAGGGUGGCGACUUGUCAGAUUUCAUCACGAACGGCGAAUGGUACCUAAUCGGUAUGCCGGGCAAGAAGAACACCAUCGUCUACCAGUGCUGCCCCGAGCCCUACUUCGACGUCACGUUCACCAUUCAGAUACGUCGACGGACUCUCUACUACUUCUUCAACCUGAUUGUGCCCUGCGUUCUUAUCUCGAGUAUGGCUCUGCUGGGCUUCACACUGCCGCCGGACUCCGGAGAGAAACUCACCUUAGGAGUAACAAUUCUUCUAUCGCUGACGGUAUUCCUGAAUCUCGUGGCGGAAAGUAUGCCCACGACGUCCGACGCCGUUCCCUUAAUAGGAGUGACCAUCUUGCUAUCGCUGACGGUGUUCCUGAAUCUCGUCGCCGAGACCCUGCCGCAGGUUUCCGACGCGAUACCCUUGUUAGGGACGUACUUCAACUGCAUAAUGUUCAUGGUCGCUAGCAGCGUCGUCCUGACCGUUGUCGUACUCAACUACCACCAUAGAACGGCGGAUAUUCACGAGAUGCCUCAAUGGAUAAAGACAAUCCUGCUCCAGUGGCUCCCCUGGAUCCUGGGAAUGAGCCGACCGGGUAAGAAGAUCACGAGGAAGACGAUCCUGAUGAGCAACCGGAUGAAGGAGCUCGAGCUUCAGGAACGGAGCAGCAAGAGUCUCCUGGCGAACGUCCUCGACAUCGACGACGACUUCCGUCACGGGAACAGCGCCGCGGCGAACCCUUCAGCCGGGUAUAUACGCAGGUCGGCGUACGGAACGCCGCUCUCGGGGAGACCGGCGACGGUCGAGGAGACGUCGGCUUCCUUGCCUCUCAGCGGAACGAGGAGAGAACUCCAGACGAUCCUGAGGGAGCUGCAGUUCAUCACGAACCGGAUGAAGAAGGCUGACGAGGAAGCGGAACUCAUCAGCGACUGGAAAUUCGCCGCGAUGGUCGUCGACAGGUUUUGCCUCAUCAUAUUCACGAUGUUCACCGUCAUCGCGACCGUCGCCGUGCUACUUUCGGCACCGCACAUCAUAGUCCAGUAGUAGACUGCCCAAGCCCAGCCACCGAAUGACACCAUGGACGAAACCACCGUCGACUCCUCGUCAUGGUCGUAGGAUUGUAUUUCCAGACCAGAAGAGAAGGAGACGUCCAUGUUUGAACGUGAGGACGAUAAGCCUCUCGGUGGCAGCCUCGCCUGAAAUUCGACGGAACUAAU